AUGCACCCUCCCGCCCUCUCAACCCCGAGGGAGCGUUGGCUGCCGAGCUCCUGCUGCCUGGGCCCAUGUCCAGAGCGAGCUCCGGGCACCUCUAGGCAGGGGCGGCAGCGGAGCGGGGGGCUGGGGGUCAACGGAAUGAGCAGGCGCGGGUUCGGGGACCACGCGAUGGAAGUCCCCCCGGCCCAGCCUUGCCCAGACGCCCGCGCCUCCUUUCCCAGGAAGGCCGCCUCCCCGCCCGCGCUGCCGCCGCCGAGGUUCCCUGAAGGCCUUCCCCUGUCGGCGAGAGCACAGCCACCGGGGCUUCCCUGCAGCGAGCGGCCGCCCCUCUCCGCAGCUUGGCACCGCCCGGGGCGUCCUCAACCCUGCCCGCGCCCACCUCCGAAUGUCGGGCCUAUAAUUGUCCCCACCUACCCCCAACAUGAUGCCCGGGGCCUCCAGGCCAGAGGACUGCAGGGAGGUAGGAGCGAGUGCGCCGAGGGCUCGGUGGCGGGUUCCGGGUCAGCGCGGCCCCCCAAGCCCGCGCUCAGCGGCCCCGUCGGGGAAGAACAUGAACCAGAGCCACUGCAGGGCCAUGUGGCAGGAGACAGGCGCGUCAGCGAGCUGGAGCGGGAGGCCAGGUGGUGGGCAGGCCCCGGAGGGAGCAGGGCGGCGGGCAGGGGGCAUCAGACGCAUCUGCGAGAGGAAGCCCUUCCUCAGAAUGAACGUCAUGAGCUUGAAAAACAAAUAGCAUCUGUUUCUGCAGAAACUAAAGAAAGAGAAAGGCAAAUCUAUCAACAAGAUGCUGCCAUAGAAAAUACCAAGCUUCAGUGUGGAAACCUGGAAACUCAAAUCAAAUCUUUACAUACAGAAAAUGUUAAGCUUAAAUUUGACAUAGAAGCAGCCCAAGAAGACUUUGAGGAACAUAUGCUAAGAUAUAAUGAAUAUUAUGCAAAAAUGAAAGUACAUAAAGAUAGUUUGGGGGAGAUAGAAAGCAAAUGGUUAUUCAUGACUGAACUCCAUGAAAAACGAGAUCUUUUUAAAAAACUAAUGACAAUGAAAGAGGAACUUACACAAGAUUCCCAAAAUCCAGAGGGAAACCAGAUGAAACAAGUACAGGAAGACAUUACAAAGCUAAAGCCUCAAAUUAUAACUGUAAAAGAAUCUAUCAUUGAAAAAACUUGUUUUCUCAAGUUCAAGGAAGAAAAAAAUACCCAUGAUAAAUUAAGAGAAGAAAUAUAGGUACAACGUAAGAGAUAUGGUGCAAUUCUUAAGCAUUUGCACCCUCUGGUGAACAAACUUCAGUCAAACAGAAGACAAUGGCAAUGGAACAUUGAACAACUGGAAAAAAACGCAGCUGAACUAAGAAAACGCAUUGGAAUGAAACAUUAAUAUGGCCAUAGAGCAAUGUAGAGCACAGACUGCCUGCAAAAAUUAUGGGACAUAAGGAUUAGCAAAUCAUUUGGAUUCUUAACAACCAGCAUUCACUGUCAGCGGUCUGUCUGAAUGAAAGAUGCAUUUUCUUUUUUUUUAAAUCAGUCAUCUGUUUCAAAGUGCCUUCCAACCCUACAAUUGAUAGCAGGUAGAUAGACAAUAGUUAUAUGUUUACAGAAGAAUCAUGGAAGACUGUGAAUAUUUUGUGUGUAAGAUAUCCUGUACUCAUGAAUGCCUGUUUAUAAACAUACAGCCUUCACUAUCAUAUCAAGUAAAAAUUUAGAAGAAGAAAAACACUUGAAUUUACAAUGAUUUUAAAAUUGUUAAGAUAUUUUAAGUGAUUGUUUCAAACUUUGUUGCAAUGUACUUUUUUACCACUGCCUUCAUAAUAGUCAUAAAUAUUGGCAUUUACAAUAAUGUUGUUGUAUGUUCAAUGCUUCAGAUAUUUUACUCAGUUUUCUCCUUUAUGCAUAAGGUAACAAUA